GGGGCGAUCGGAGCGGCGAGUGCGUGUCUCGCUGCCUGCCCAAGCCCGUGUUAACCGGGCGGUUUUGCCGAACUGGCGUGCCAGGUCGACUCCCGGGCUCCCUCCCUCUUCCUUUCUGGAUGGCCCGAUUCGGACGGGGCUGAUUCCUCUGAGCGUGACUCGCGCAGGCUGGUUCCGUGGCUGCGCCUUCUGCUACCGCCUGUGACAGCUGUGCCUUUAACGACAACUUUCUGCCACGUAGCAAUAGAGAGUUGAGCCAGGGACGUCUUCUCCGUCGCUGCAAACCCUUUUAUCAACGGCUCACUGUAUGCCGUGGGCUGCUGUUGAAGGUGAAUUGGAUACCCUUGAAAUUAGGUUGAGGAGAGCUGCUACUGAUGGUUUCCAUCAUGUGACAGGAGUUCUGCUACACUGGUUGAGAAGUCCAAGGACUCUCCUACCUAUGGAAAUCUGGAGUUUACAGAAUUAAAGGAGAAGAGAAAUGACAUAAUUUACAUUCCAGCCUUAAGGGGCAAAGAAAGCUGGAGGAAGAAGUUGGGAAAACCUGAAAGGGAGCUAUGCCUGUUCUGAGGAGGCAGCCUACAGGCAAGGCCCUUGUGUCACAGUUCACUCAUCAUCAUGUUGCUGUGUUCCUGCUCACUUUCUUCAGCUACUCUCUUCUCCAUGCCUCCCGAAAGACCUUUAGCAAUGUCAAGGUCAGCAUCUCCAGCCAAUGGACCCCUUCUUGUCUUAAUGACUCUGCCUUCAUUCUUCAGCCAUACGAGCUUUGGAACAACAGUCAUCUAUUUCCUAAUGCUGAAGAAGCCACACUGUUCCUUGGAACGUUGGACACCAUCUUCCUAUUCUCUUAUGCUGUGGGCCUGUUUGUUAGUGGUGUUGUUGGGGAUCGCUUGAACAUGCGCUGGGUUCUGGCGUUUGGGAUGUGCUCCUCUGCCUUAGUGGUGUUUGUGUUUGGCACUGUCACUGAAUGGGCGCAUUUCUACAACAAGUGGUUCUACUGCUGCCUGUGGAUUGUGAACGGCUUGUUGCAGUCCACCGGCUGGCCCUGCGUGGUAGCUGUCAUGGGAAACUGGUUUGGCAAAGCUGGGAGAGGAUUUGUUUUUGGACUUUGGAGUGCCUGUGCAUCAGUGGGUAACAUCCUUGGAGCAUUUCUUGCCUCCUCAGUUCUGCAGUAUGGUUAUGAGUAUGCCUUCUUGGUGACCUCAUCAGUACAGUUUGCUGGAGGAAUUAUUGUCUUUUUUGGCCUUGUAAUUUCUCCCAAAGAAGUAGGCCUCCCUGAAGUUGGCAAAGAAGGUGAUGGUGAUGCUGCUGAGGAAGAUGCCAGUGAGCCAUUAAUUGGUAGCAAUGAGAAUGAAGAUUUUGAUGAUCAGAAUUACUCCAUUCAGGCUUCAAACUUAAGCAGUCGUACAGAGACCCCAUCCCAGGCCAUUGGAUUUUUUCAGGCUUGUUGUCUACCUGGUGUCAUAUUGUAUUCCUUGGCCUAUGCUUGCCUGAAGCUGGUAAACUACUCCUUCUUCUUUUGGUUGCCUUUCUACCUCAGCAACAAUUUUGGUUGGAAGGAGGCAGAAGCUGACAAGCUCUCAAUCUGGUAUGAUGUUGGAGGCAUUAUAGGUGGUACCAUCCAAGGUUUUAUCUCUGAUGUGCUACAAAAAAGAGCUCCUGUAUUAGCUGUUAGCCUCAUCUUGGCUAUUGCAUCUCUCUUUGGAUACAGCCGUUCCCCAAAUAGCAAACCUAUCAAUGCGGUUAUCAUGGCAAUUACAGGCUUUUUCAUUGGAGGCCCUUCCAACAUGAUCAGCUCUGCCAUUUCUGCAGACCUGGGGCAUCAGGAAGUGAUAAAAGGAAGUAGUGAGGCUCUUGCAACUGUGACGGGGAUUGUGGAUGGCACCGGGAGUAUUGGAGCUGCUGUGGGUCAGUACUUGGUAUCUUUGAUCCAGGAGAAGUUGGGAUGGAUGCAAGUUUUCUACUUCUUCAUUCUGAUGACCAGUUUAACGGUGGUGUUCAUCAUGCCUUUGAUAGUGAAGGAAAUCAGUAUGCUCCUUAUGCAGAGGCGCUUGCGCAGGUUGGCUGACUGACCCCUUCUCUUUUCUGUUCAGUGGACAUUUUCAAGGGGAGGGGGAACUUGGAACUUCAGGCCUUUCGCAUUCAUUUAUUUACAUCUACAAAGAUUGGAUCUGCUUAAAAACUGCUUAGAAAUGGCCACCAAUAGAUUCAGUGCUGAAAGAUUGUCAUCUGAAUCCCAACUGAAGAUAAUGCUGUGGAAACCCACAACUUGGAAAGAUCUAGCUGCGUGCUUGGAAGGCUUAGUGAGUGUACCAGAAAGAGAUGUUUUCUCUUUGAUUUUUACCUCUUGUUUCCAGGGCCAGUUUAUGCAAUUAUCAGGAUCAAGUGGUAAAACAUUGGGCUUGUGUGUGAGAGAAAGCUCCUUGAAAGCAAAAAGUGGCUGUGCCUAGAAAAAACAUUUGUUUAGUAAACCCUUGAUUUAAUGGAUAGGGGUCAGGGCAGGAGAAAGGGGUAUCUAUGAAAGCUGAAUGGGAUUGUUCAAGCCCAAAAUGUGCCCAUACAUGACAUUACUAUAAUAACAAUAAUAAUAAGUGCUCAGUCUUGCUUUUACCUAUGAAGCCAUAGGUAAAGGCUUUAUCUAAAAGUAUAAAUAUUUAUACCUUUUCUUACAAAAUACAGUUGCCCAAGUGCCAACUCUUGUGAAAGAGUUUGAGAUAGCCACUAACUGAUUAGGUAACUAUUUUAUUACAAAUAUGCAGGAAAAAAAACAUUAUGCAUGUGCAGAAGCAGCAAACAUUGCCUGAGCUGACUCAAUCCAUUGUCUGGGAUAAAUUCUAAUAUUGCCUGAAAUUCAGACAAAAAUCCAGAUCCAACCUAUUUUGUCCAUUGCAUUUGAGAUCCAUUAAACAGAGGAUUUACUAUACUUGCUUUCUUCCUAUUGUGCUCAUUUAUUGGUGGAAAUCCUGUGGUUCUUCCAGAUGCUCUUAAGCUUCAGGUCCCUUUGUGUCUCCCCAUUGGCUCUGCUGGCUAGGGCUGAUGAGAAUUGGAGUUCAGCAGCACCGGGAAAGCCACAUAUUACCCAUCCUUGUGCCAAUUGAAGAUAAUGUUAUUUACAAAGGGGGAAAUCCUUCAGUUGUAUUGCCUUCCCCCACUUGCAAACUGAAGUGGAAUCAUCCAGAAAAAGUUUCACCACGUGAUACUGAUGCCUUUACAUAAACCGGCCCUUGUGUAUUCUUUGUACUGUAAUAAGUUUGGAUCUUUGUGCUGUAUGCUGACACUAGAAAGCUGCCAAGCAGAAGAAAUGGACAUUUUACUUUGGCGAAGAAGAAAGCAUUUCCACUAUUUAGCAUCAAAAGAGCAUUUCAGAGCUGUCUGGGCCAAUCCACUGCUGAUUUUUGCAAACUGAUUGUACCAAUGACAGCUUUUUGGUAGCUCCCUAACUGCAUUUUAAAUAUAUAUAUAUAUAUAUAUACACAUACAUACAUACACAUACAUACACACACACACACACACACA